AUGUCAUUACCAGGGACACCAACUACUUCCCCGACUCCGAUGGAUGAGGAUAUUGAACAAACUGUCUCGAUUAACAGUGAACCCAAAAGAGUAAAAGUUUACGUCUUAGAAAACAACGAAUGGAAGGACACGGGGACUGGAUUUUGCGUAGGGGAGGUAGAUGAAAGCAAAUUUGCAUACCUUGUUGUUUCUGAUGAAGACUCCCCCAAUGAAACGCUGUUAAAAUCCAAAUUGGAGGGAAAUAUUGAAUAUCAACGACAAGAAGAAACGCUUAUUGUGUGGAAGGAUUUGGCAGGAAAAGAUAUAGCCCUCAGUUUUGAAGAAAGUAUGGGAUGUGAUGCCCUUUGUGAAUUCAUUGUCCACGUCCAACGGAACAUAGAAUCGAAUAUAUCUUUAGUCACUGUGAAAUCUAGCGACAAUGGCCUUGGGUCCGUUCAUGAUAUUAUAACAGGCCCUGUGACUUUACCCUCUAACGAUCCCGAACAAAAUGGCCAGACUUUACUGGAAGCUUUAAAGAUCUUGAAUGAAAAUACUUCCUUUGAUUUUUUGAAAAACGAAACCAUUGAGUUUAUUCUCCAAUCGAAUUAUGUUGACACAUUAAUUUCCCAUUUUCAUAAUGCAGAAGAAGAAAAGAUACCGAAAGAUUUAUUUUUAUUGAGUAAUAUCAUCAAGACUUUGAUACUUUACAAUCAAAGAGACAUACUGGAGUCAAUGGUCGAAGACGAUAGAAUUAUGGGAAUAGUUGGGAUCCUAGAAUACGACACUGAAUAUCCCACAUCAAAGGCUAACCAUAGAAAAUAUUUAGAAUCAAGGGGGCCAAAUUUUAAAGAGGUUAUUCCAUUGGAAAAUGAAGACUUAAAAAUAAUAAUGAAAAAAUGUUUUCGUCUACAGUUUUUAAAGGAUGUGGUAUUGGUGCGAUUUUUAGACGACCAUAAUUUCAGCUUAAUCUCGGAAAUCGUCAUGGAUUUGGAAACGUGUAUCAUCGACUUCCUUCAAGUGGGAACAUUUUUAGACAGAUUAAUAGUGCUUUAUGAUACGAAUACUCUUCCAGAUAGCUCUUCAGAAAGAGAAAAGUUUGUGCAGAAACGUAAGGACGGAAUCAGAUUAUUGCAGCAAUGUGUUCAAAUGUCAAUUAGUUUAGACGCACUUGACCGUUCCAAAUUUUAUAAGACACUCGUCCGAAAGGGUCUUUUCAAAGUCUUGGAUUAUGCGUUUCACAUGGAAACUGACAGUAAUGUUCGGAUUCUGGCUACAGAUACCAUCAUUACUAUAAUCGAGCACGACAUUCUGUUGAUCCAUAACGUCCAAAAUGAGGAUUCUUUUAAACAGCAACACAAAUUGGCGCCAGAUGAUAAGUGUUCCAGUCGAAACAAUGCGCAAGAUUACAGUUAUAGUACUGACUCUAAGCUAUUAUUAAUACUUUCAACAAUACUUCUUUCGGAUAAAAGUCCCGGGUUACGGGAACAAGUUGUACAAGCGCUGAAUACCCUACUUCAUCCAGAAGGAUGUCUUGGAAAUAAUGAAGGUUCAUGUGAUCUCAUGGGUAGGUGCAGUAAUGAAUCAAAAGACACAUCCGAGGACUUCCCAAGUUUCGGCUAUGGUUUGAACUCGGAUUCAAUCAACUUAAACAAUUAUCAUUACAACAAUGAUGAUAUGAAUGAUUUAGAUGCAACAGAGUCGGAAUUCAAAUUUCAAGUAAAGGAAUAUUUUGCAAAUUUCUAUAAUAGGAUUGCUCCGAUACUAUUUGAGCCACUAAUCAAAAGGGAAAACAUCCCGAAAAUGUCGGAAAGAAGUGGUAAAAUAAAAAAGACCCGAAAAGACGAUCUUUUGUUAAUUCAUUUAGUGAAGUUGGUGUCAUUUGUUUGCACUGAACACGAUCGCGUUUUAUCGAGGAGAUUUAUAUUAGAAAAUGGUAUACUAGACUCUGUCAGCAAGCUUAUCAACAGCAACCACAUAUUACAGCUAAGAUUAACGGCGGUAAGGUGCAUAAAAAACAUUAUAUGUCUUGAUGAUAAAUACUAUCAUCGAUAUAUGAUUUCCAAGAAUUUGUAUUCACCGAUUUUCAAACUCUUACAAGAGAACAUAGAUAAGAACAAUCUUGCCAAUUCUUGUAUUCAAGAUUUUUUUCGCAUUAUCAUAACAGAAUGCAGGGUCCAUCAAGGUGACAAUCACAACAGAGGGGAAGAUGGUAAUGGUACCCAUAAUAUCAGCAUUAAUAUAGCUAAAGUAAAGUCGAAUAGUAACAGGACCAACUUCACCAUUCUAAACAAAUACUUAGUCCAAACGUAUGGGAAUGUUUUAAGGAAAGCUACGUAUAUCCCUUUCAUUCAGGACAUGCUAGAGAUUGGAGAAGAAAAUCAACCUGAACACUCAAGUUUCGAAAAUAGCCUCGAAGGAGAUACUGAUUCAGUAAAUAUUUCCUCGGAUGGCUUGACUUCUAACCAUUUAGAAGAUAUUGACGUGAAAAACGUCAAGAGAUUACAUUCGGAGAUUGAGCACUUUGGCGACGAUCCUCAUUAUUCCAGCGAUAAAUUGGCUUUCAAGAAAAGCGUUGACCAAAUGAAUGCAAGCACAUGA